AUGCUUUCGUUAGAACAUUACAACGAAGAAAUUGCUCGACUUGUUUCAUCCCUUCAAAUCGAAACCGGUUACGAGGUUCCAAUGGAAGACGAAAUCCUGGACGCGCGAGGGUCAAUGCCUCCUCCGACUCAAGCUGAACUCAGAUAUCACGAAGAAGAGUUGAGGUCGGCGGAAGCAGCGCUCGACAAGCAGCUUGAAUACCUCGAUGACAUCAACUCGGGCUCAGAAACUGUCCACGACUAUUUCACCUACCACACCUCUCCACAGACCAGCUUGCCGCCUAAAGCCUCUUUUACGGAAAUCCAAACUCUCCCCUUCAAGGAACUCAAGGAGGACCUGACUCGGCUUGACCGAUGCUCAUCAAACGACUCCGGUUUGGGCACGUCAAUGAGUCCAACUCGGGCGAUUGAAGAAUCGUCUGGCAAUUCUGACGACGCUUCGACCCCCACUCCUCAAACAAGCAGCUCUUCGCCGCCCGUACCCCAGCCCAGACGGCGAUUUCCGCGACUUGGCGUCUCCUCCGUUCUCGUCAAUUCCAGCGGUGCUCUCACUCCCGUUUCUUCCUCCAACGACUCCUCUUCCGAUGAGCGAUUGACGCCAGUACCCACUGCUGCUCCACGCACGUCGACUCCAUCUGGAUCGCCGUCUAAGCUUCCCACCGAGCAGCCACAAUCGCCUGUGAUCCCCAAACAAAGCGAAAUCCUGCCUCCUGAUUUCCUCAACCCGGCGAUUAUCCCAAACAUCUCAAACACUUCGCAAAACAUCGAGGAUCUCCUUUACCCAGGAAUGAAGAAUCAGAAGUCCUCUGGCUUAGCCAAGAAGAUCCUUUCCUCUCUCAAGUCCAAAACCGGAAGCGGCUUGAAUAGAAUGCGCGUGUCACUGGCCGAGCUCACCAAGAGCGAAAAAGAUAAGGCAAUGUUGGAAAGCCAGAUUAUCCAGAAAAUCAUGUCCGAGUCUGAAAAUCCCACUCAGCCCGAGGACUUUUCACUUCACAUGAUUGCCGAAGCCUCUCUCCAGCGACUUACAGAGAUGACUGAAGGAAGCAGUACUGAGAAACAAGCUAGACGAGCUGCAGUUCCUCCUACUGGUAUCACCAUCGGAUCGCCCGUGAGUCAGAAGAUCGUGACGCCCGAAUCGACGAGGAAAUCGCGAAGGUCAAAGCGCGUCGACCCAGCCGAGGCCGCCAGAAAGUCGCGUCAUCAAAGCCGGCGGCGGAAGGUCAUCUCCGAAGUCAAGAAACAAGUUCAAUCAGCUCAUCAGUCGCCCUCACAGCCGCUCAACAUUCCCGCCUGCUACAGUCCCGUCGCUGGUCCCAAGCCCGUCACCACUGCUCAACAGAUCAAGAAAGUCUACAAGGGACAAGUGCCACAGUACCGAAACGGCCAGUUGGACUGGAACUACUUGUGGUUCUUUUCUGACUCGUCGACAACGAACUCGUCGGACAAGUCUCACCUCAAUGUGACCUCCCCGGUGACCUCGAUUACAUCUUCGGAAUCAGAGUCGGACUCGGAGGAUCAUAAGCGACAAAUUAGCCGCCGAAGACGCGUCCGCCAGCACAAGCCCAGCGGCAGCCCGCUCAAGGAGGCCAAGAAGCGACGCAUUCGACGAUUGGCCCCACCUCGUGAUGACAACAUUCAACUUCUUGGCAUGAUUUGA